UCCACGAGUCUAAUGAGAAAAACAAGGUCGUCAUUAAACAGCAGCUGGUGGUAGCACAUGGGUUUCAUACUGGCAUAUAGCUGUAGGUAAUAGAAGUCAAGUAGCCCACACUAAUGACACUGGGUCUCUGUUAAGGAAGUAUUCAGUAAUUGGACAGGUUGAAAGGAGCUACAGCCUUGAAGGUAUUUACAAAGUGUCUGAAACCCAAAGCACACAGUCUGAAUAAACCACUGACAGAGCCAGGACGGGACAGGGUUGAUAUCCUGCAAUAGAGUAAUUCAGAAGUUCACCUGCUACAAUGAGGCUUAUCCCAGUCCUGCUCAUCGCUGGAGCUUGUGAAGUAGUGAUAUGCCAGGCACAAGACAGCUUCUUCUGGCUGUCUUACCUGCAGCGCCGGUUUGGUUACAGCGAUUACUCUGGGCAGGCGGCAGCCAGCAUGCGUGCCAGGGAUUGCCCCCUGGAGUGUGACUGCCCUCCCAGCUUCCCGAUCAGCAUGUACUGCGACAGCCGCAACCUCAAGCAGAUCCCCUUCGUGCCUUCCCGGAUGAAGUAUGUGUACUUACAGAACAACCGGAUCAGCUCCAUUCAGGACGGGGCUUUUGACAACGCAACCGGACUGGUCUGGAUCAUGCUACACAGGAACCAGCUAACCAUGGACAAGAUCGGGAAAAUGGUUUUCUCCAAGCUGCAAAACUUGGAUCGGCUAUAUCUGGACCAUAACAACCUAACUAGAGUGCCCACCCCACUGCCGCGGUCCCUGAGUGACCUCAGGCUGUCCAACAACAAGAUCAACAAAAUCCAUCCCAACACGUUCGAAGGACUGGAGAACCUGACUUCCUUAUUACUCAACUACAAUCAGAUCCCUGACAUCGGCACAGCUCUGAAGGGGCUGAAAUCGCUGUCCCUUCUGGAUCUGAGCAACAACAAGCUGAAGAAACUGCCGGGGAAUCUUCCAGACCGGCUUCACCAGCUCUAUCUGGAGUUUAAUAAGAUCAACGCCAUUCCGGACGAUUAUUUUAGGAAAUUCCCCAAACUGCAGUAUGUGAGGCUCUCAAACAACGAGCUGACCGACAAAGGGAUUCCCUCCAACACUUUCAACACCACCAGCUUGAUCGAGCUGGAUCUCUCCUACAACAGACUGCAGAAGAUACCCUCGGUGAACACCAAUCUGGAGCACCUCUACCUGCAAGCUAAUGAGAUCACAGAGUUCUCAAUCAACAGCUUCUGCCAGGUGAUUGACAUCAUGAGCUUCUCUCGGCUACAAGUCCUGCGAUUGGACGGCAACAAGAUCGCGCACAACAAGAUCCCACCAAAGGUGGCGCUGUGCCUACGCCUGGCCACCAUCAUCGAUGUGUAGACUCAGAGAUGCUCGGAGGGAACGCAGCUUCAUUCCCAGAAGAGCUAGACCAGAUCAGCAUUCUUUUUACAGCAUGAUGCGUCUGAACGUGAAUGGGUUCUCCUUGAUUUUAUUGAUCGAACGCAUCUAAUACAUUGCUUGGUUAGUCUCUUUAACCACCCGCAAGCUUUUCUUGGCUGUGAAAGCUUUUCCGUUUUAGUGGGCUAGGAGGAGGGAUAGUGUAUACCGGAAUGGUUUUAACCUGUAGUACCUGGAGCAUUAGAACAAAGUCAAUCAAGUGCAUAUGAACAGUACAAGCACAUGAGCAUAAAGUUAAACAAAAAGUAUUAUUGUCUUUUAGGGUUAGUUUUUCACUAAGAAAGAUACAUACUUAAUCGUUUGUUACGCGCUCAUUUUGUAUACAUAUCAGCUAAUUUAUCAUGAUAUCAAAAAACAUUUGAAUAUUACUUUUAAAAACAACACUAGUUUAAAUGUAACUUUUGUUGAAACAGCCAGUGCAGGCAUUCAGUGUGCUUCCCCUCCCAACUGCUUUAAGUCAUAAGUGUCUUUGCAUGGGAUUUUUCCAUAGCACACAGUGCCACCUGAUGAAGUUGCAGUUAGAGUAAGAAUCUUUAAAGAAAGACAAAUGAGAGUUAUCUAAACUGCCUGAGCUAACAGACAGCAUGGAUUUUUAGGAAAGAAAGAUACUGAACCACUUGAGUCAACAUUUCAGAUGACAAAUGCUGUGCCUGAAUUCCGGAUACCAGCAGACUGGGAGGGUACAGGAGCUGGGCUGUUAGAAAAUAACCAAAGCCAAUGGAAAAAAGAUCCACAGCACUGGAGGUGGAACAACUAUACCAGUGGCUGCUUUAUUUCAUUCGGACUUAGUGGGAAAGGGUUAAAUAAAUACACACACACACGCACACACACACACAAAAACAAAUCUCUUGCCUAAUACCUUAGUUUAGCUUAUAUAAAGAAGGCUCUCCUCUUGGCAUGUAUCCUGUCAGCAGCUUCUUUCAGGGGUUUGAAAUCCCACCAGAAAUACAAACUUUGGUUUGUUUGAGCUUUACAGUCUCAAAGAAACUGCUUCAGCUCCCUCUUAAAAAAAUAAAUACAUACUGUUUAUGGUUUCAUACCAUGAAAAGGAUGCCAAAUAUUUUGUUUCCAUAUUUUCAAUGAUUUAAAUAUAUAUAUAUAUAUAUAUAUAACAUAUACUGUAUCUUUUAUACAGUGUAUUGAAAAUAUAGGUUGUUGUCAAGCCAAAAAGCAUGUAUCACUAUGUAUUUUUUGUUUUCUCUGUGUGGGGUUGUGGGUCCUUAUUAUUCAAUACUGUGCACUGCCACAGACAAUUAAUAUAUGCAAUACAUAUGCAUGUGGCAGUUUGGCUAUGGGGUUUCUCUAUUAUCAUAUUAAUAAUGUAUUAUUAUUAUUAUCACAUCUCACACUAAUGCUGGUGGUUUUAAGGUUGUGUAUAACUGCUCAUAGAGGAAAAUUGUGAUCUAAAGCUGGAUUUAAAUCCAGUUCAUAAAGCUGUAUAAUUAUAUAUUUUUUAUUACUAUGUCAC